CUUCCUCUCGCGAGAUUUUAACUCCAUUGUUCAAACAUGGCGGCCGCGAUGGAUGUGGAUACCCCGAGCGGAGCAAACAGCGGUUCCAGUAAAAAGCGUUUUGAAGUGAAGAAGUGGAAUGCGGUGGCUCUGUGGGCAUGGGACAUCGUGGUGGAUAACUGUGCCAUCUGCAGAAACCACAUCAUGGACCUGUGUAUAGAGUGUCAGGCCAACCAGGCUUCUGCCACAUCAGAGGAGUGCACAGUGGCCUGGGGAGUGUGUAACCAUGCGUUCCAUUUCCACUGCAUCUCCCGCUGGCUGAAGACGAGGCAGGUGUGUCCUCUGGACAACAGGGAGUGGGAGUUCCAGAAGUACGGACACUGAACUCAUCCAGCCUCACUUUCUUUUGUUAUACAGUGUUUAAACUAAUGUGUAGAUUUGAAAGGCAGCAAUGUCACCUUUCAAAAUGUGUAAUAAAUGCUUUGUGCUGCUGUUUGAGUAAAAUACUGAGCAACAGGGUGGUGAAAUUGGUUACUGUUACCAAACUGAGGUAGAUUUUUCAAAGAAGACUCCAUUCCUAUGUUUUAUUCCUCUUGUACUACACCGGUGUACCAAUAAUAAGAGUGAAGGUCAUCCUUUCUUCUGUAAAUGUACAUGUAAUGACAUUCUCUCUUGAAAUUAAUAGAACUGCAAAGCGUGAAUGCCUGUUAUUGUUUCUAUAGUAACAGCUCACUGACUGCAACGAACGUUUCAUAGACCUUCAAUAACAAUUGCUUUGUAGUUAGAGAGAGGAUCCUGUUUCCCCUGUAAAAUUUGUAAUGCUUGGUGAGAAUGGGAAAACACUUGAGGGUGUGCUGUGAGGAAAAUAUUCAACUUCCUGGUGCGACUCGGAGCAGACCUCAGUAUUUUACAAUAACCGCAACGUACGCUAGUUAUUUUAUUCAUUAAAAAUUCUUGGAAUAAAUGAAUCAAUGAUUCA